CCUACGGCAAUGACGUCAGAGUAGAUGUUUUUAAAGGACUUUAAAAAUCAUUCUGUGUAUUUCAAGUUAAUUCAGUAAAAUUAGAACAUCCUUAUUGACUAUAGUAAUGGAAGAAAGGCAUAGAAAUGUGAGGCUCUGGCUUGAGACAACAUUUGCUGGCAGUGAUGUUCCUCAGUAUGAAAUAAGUGAACAGACAGUAAAUACUCUCUAUCACAUCAUGACGAAGAAUGAACAGAGAGAAAAAUACGUCCAACUUCAGAUGGAAGACUUGCUACAGAAAAAACAAGAAUACCAAGCAGAAGCAGAAAGACUGCGUCAGACUCUAGACAUCCUGAACCUCUGCCCUGAGAACCUCCCGACUUCCAUUCAGAGUAAUCUUCGCACCUUAUCAAGCAUGGCACUGACCCUGGAACUCAGUGACUGCUCUGACACCUGUUAUCUCCUUGGCAUAAGUGAACUCUCACAGAGUAUUCACAAAGUAACAGAGGAGAGGUUGUUUGAACAAAAGCAGACAGCGCUGCUGCAGUCCAAGAGUAAAUCUGCUCUUUUGAAAACUGGUGCUCUGGAAAGGUCAUUCCAAGAAUUUCGAGAGGAAGCAGAGACCAAGGGGCCCUUCCUUGAGAAGAAGAAAAAAGACACUCGAUUCAUUCGAAACAAAGAGAAGGAAUAUCACAAAGUCAUUGUUAAGAAUAGGUCAAAGCUGCCGGCACGAUUCACAACCCAUGAUGCCAUACUAGCCAAAUCACAGGAACUGCAAAGCAUCAAUGAAAAAUUAAGUUCCUUGAAGAUGAAAUUAGAUAACUAUCACAGUUUACCACCUAAUGUUGCCUUGACAAAAGUAAAGAUAGAAGAGACAAAAAGAGAAUUGGAUGCAAUUGAAGCAGAGUUAACCGAGAUGGUCGCCAUGAUCAAAUGAGAUGAUCACGCACCCAAAAGAAGGAAACACAGAGGAAAAGCUGCACCUUCUCAUUACAAUUUGUCGGUCCAACAAAAUUUGCUGACAUCCAUGGAGAAAUUAGCUAGGGCUGGCUUAAAGACAACGCAAGGGAUAUAUAUCUAUAGUCUGGUCAAAGAUGUUCAGAAAUCUUGAAAAUCGCUCUUGAAUUUUCAUCAAACCUACCUCAGAUUGAGUGUUACAGCAUGUCCCUGCAUUUUAAUCUAAUCAAAAGUUCAUUCCGACCACAACAGCUUCAGAAAAGGAUGAUUUUUCGCAGCAUAUGAGCCCCAAUGCUAAAUGCAUGUGUCAAUGAUGGCCUGUCAUGAUCGCACUAGUUGCAACAGAGCAUCUGGAGCUUGUCCAACUUCAUUUUUCAUGAAAUUUCUUCAAUGGCGCAAAACCCCGUGCAAAUUUUGUGUACUAAAAUUUCCUAUGCUGAAACAUCGGGCUGUUUUCUGGAGCGGUUGAUGUCGGAUUGAAAUUUUGAAUGGAUUAAAACGCAGCGACAUGCUGUAACAAAUCAAUCUGAGGUAGGUUUGAUGAAAAUCCGAGAGCAAUUGUGAAAAUGAGAGCGACUUUCAUGAUUUCUGAACAUCUUGGACCAGACUUUAAUUGCUUUUUUGUAAAAUGUUACUUGAAAUGUUGAUUCAAUCAAAUGCAAGCAGUGACUGUAGCUGCUUUAGAACCGUCUGUAAAGACCUUCUUGUGUCUGAAUGCCUGAUACGGAACAUCCUGAAAUUCACCACUCAGGAUGUACUUAUGGCUGUCUGUGUAAGUCUUCCAUAUUUCUCAAUGCAUGCUAUGGGCUGAUAUUUCAAUUCCGCAUAUUCCAGAAUCUUGCAAAAAAUAAUGUGAGAAAAGAUCAAAAACUUGAAAAAGAGACAGAAUGCGAUCUGCAUCUUUCUUUCUGGGCCCGCUUGCUCGGCUGCUGAUUGAGCAACUGGGCCCCGAUAGCCUCAUUGAAAUCUCAGCCCUACUUAAAGUUCAGUUCUUGUUAUACGACAACAGUUUUGUUAAUCAGAAACAGGCCACUGCUCCAGCACUUUUGCUACGAGUGUGACCAUGCAUGCGUGUUAUGUUAAUUAUUAAAAUGUUAUCUAUACAGCUGAUUUGCUGAAUAAAAUGCAUGAAUCUUAAAAGUUUAGUUCCAUUUUGAUAACAUUUCUGUCACCGGGGAAGUAUUGCAUGAUUCUG